AUGAGCCAGCGGCAGGUGCUUCAAGUGUUCGAGCAGUACCAGAAAGCCCGAACGCAAUUCGUGCAGAUGGUGGCAGAGCUGGCGACCAGACCCCAAAACAUCGAGACGCUACAGAACGCAGGUGUAAUGUCCUUGCUGAGGCCUCUUCUUCUGGAUGUGGUCCCAACGAUUCAGCAGACUGCUGCUUUGGCUCUGGGCAGACUGGCCAAUUACAAUGACGACUUAGCAGAAGCGGUUGUGAAGGGCGACAUUCUUCCCCAGCUUGUUUAUUCACUGGCAGAACAAAAUCGUUUCUACAAGAAAGCAGCUGCCUUUGUCCUGAGAGCAGUUGGUAAACAUUCCCCUCAGCUGGCCCAGGCCAUAGUUGACUGUGGAGCUCUGGACACACUGGUGAUAUGCUUGGAGGAUUUUGACCCUGGAGUCAAGGAGGCUGCAGCCUGGGCACUGGGAUAUAUUGCAAGACAUAAUACAGAAUUAUCUCAAGCUGUGGUGGAUGCAGGAGCAAUUCCUCUUUUAGUUCUCUGUAUCCAGGAGCCAGAAAUUGCUUUGAAAAGGAUUGCUGCCUCAGCCCUCAGUGAUAUAUCAAAGCACUCUCCAGAGUUAGCACAGACCGUGGUGGAUGCGGGAGCCAUUGCUCACUUAGCCCAGAUGAUCCUCAACCCUGAUGCAAAAUUGAAGCGUCAGGUCCUGUCAGCUCUCAGUCAGAUUGCAAAACAUUCUGUGGACCUGGCAGAGAUGGUUGUUGAAGCAGAGAUUUUCCCGGUUGUACUUACCUGUCUGAAGGACAAAGAUGAAUACGUGAAGAAAAACGCUUGCACUUUAAUUAGAGAGAUUGCAAAACAUACGCCUGAGCUUUCACAGCUGAUUGUUAAUGCAGGAGGCGUGGCUGCUGUGACUGACUGCAUCGGAUCCUGCAAAGGGAACAUCCGGCUGCCUGGCAUCAUGAUGCUGGGUUACGUGGCUGCUCAUUCUGAGAACCUGGCCAUGGCAGUGAUCAUCUCCAAGGGUGUACCCCAGUUGUCCAUCUGCCUCUCAGAAGAACCAGAAGAUCAUAUUAAGGCUGCCGCCGCCUGGGCCUUAGGGCAACUGGGAAGACACACGCCAGAGCAUGCCAGGGCUGUUGCAGUCACAAACACUCUGCCAGUUCUGCUUUCUUUGUACAUGUCACCAGAGAGCUCCGAGGACUUGCAGGUGAAAAGUAAAAAAGCCAUAAAGAAUAUUCUUCAAAAAUGCACCUACCUCCCAGCCCUGGAGCCAUUUCUGUAUGACGCGCCUCCCAAUAUCCUGAAACACGUUGUUGGGCAGUUUAGUAAGGUGCUGCCGCAUGACAGCAAAGCCCGGCGGCUUUUUGUAACUAGCGGAGGACUUAAAAAGGUCCAAGAAAUAAAAGCGGAGCCCGGCUCUCUCCUGCAGGAAUACAUCAACAGCAUUAAUAACUGCUACCCCGAGGAAAUAGUACGGUAUUACUCCCCUGGAUACUCGGACACACUUCUGCAGAGGGUGGACAGCUACCAGCCACUUGCCAACUGA